GAUCAGGAUGCUUGUCAAAUAAAAUCUAAUGUAUUAGACGAGCACACGAUUGAAAGCAACCUUAUAUUAAAAAGAAAACGACAAAAUUUGGGAGAAGGAUUUUCGAUUCCUCUAAAUAAGAAUUUUUUUGAAACGAGAUACAAUAGUUAUCCGGAACCUUAUAAUGGAGAAUAUUCCUUAUCGGACUCUGAAAUUGUAAAAAAAUCACUUACAAAUGUUUUUCUUAAGGAGGCUACCACUCUGCCGCCUGAUCGUUCAACACGAAAGGGUGGCUAG